GGGGAAGGGUUGGAUCCCCAAUCCCUUCUCCGCUUAGCCUGGCUGAGUCACCCCUUUCCCCAGCCCUGGGUGACGGUUCUGCAGCCCUUCCCAUGGGCCGUCCCACCGCUACCCCCGCAGCCAGGACGUGUGAAGGAAGACCUGAUGGAGCUGCUGCUGCUGCAGAACGCCCAGAUGCACCAGCUGAUCCUGGGUCGCCUGGUGGCAGCAGCACUCAGCCCCUGGCCCGCCUUCUCUGGCCCGCAGGUCCACUUGGAGAGUCCGAAGGAGGAGGGUGAGGAGGAAGAGGAGCUGGAAGCCCAGGAGGAAGGGCCUCUGGUGUUCCACCACCAUUACCUGCCCUGCCCGACGCCCGCUCCGGGCCUCCAGCCUCCCUGGCCAGCGCCUUUCCUUCCCCCUCCGCCACACCAGCCCCCCUUGCAGGAUGCACCCAGGAUCCAGCAGCGCCCUCCUGCCAGGAAGAGGGGGGUGAGAGCCGUGCCCCCACCCCCACCCCCCAGUGCCACAGGGACUGUGGGUGCGGAUGUACCCCCGGCUUCAGAUUACUAUGAUGCUGAGAGCUUACUAUGAAGACAGAUGCUGGCCCAGGGACCCACUCCAGCUGCACUGCGAGGCUGGAUACAGCCCCCGAGGGCCCCUCUGGUGCUCACAGCCACACCUGACAGCCCUUCUCUGCCCAACCCCGACCAGGCCCUCCCCUCCAGGGUGAAUCAGUCUCCUCUCCUUCCCAUUGAGACCUUGAGCCAGCCCAUCUCUUCUCUGGAGUAAGCUCAUUAGGUUACUCACUGUUCAAGGCCCUCGACCCACGUGAACACCCACCUCUGCCCCACUGUUAGCUUCCCGGGCGAGGGGGAGGCUGGGAACCAGAGCCCCCCCAGACCUCAGUCCCUCACCCCUCUCUCUGGGAAGG